AUUUGUAAAAUUAAAUUCAUCAUCCCAAAUUCACUCAUCUUCUUACUUUUCCUUUGGUCCAAAAACGCGUAUAGCAUAGCAUAUUCCACUGUCGCUCGCUAGUUCCAAAUCUAGAACAUGAAGAUGCAUCUUCUCAUAUUCACAUUCCUACUACAACUACAAGCCAUUGUUAUUCUAACUACUCUUGCACUCUCCAUUUGCAAGAACUCAUGUGGCAACAUUCCCAUAAACUACCCAUUUGGCUUAGAAGAUGGUUGCGGUGCACCUCAGUUCAGGAACAUGCUUAACUGCAGCACUAACUUGUUCUUUCAAACCCCUUCUGGUUCUUACAAGGUUCAAUCCAUCGACUACAACAAACUAACCAUGGUAAUCUACGACCCUGAAAUGUCCACGUGCUCCAUCCUUCAACCACACCAUGAGUUGGUCAUGACAGAAGUUCAAACCGCCAUAAUCCCACCAUCACAAGACACCAUUUUCGUGCUCCUAAACUGCUCCAUAGACUCUCCAGUUCUCAACCAUUACAAGUACCUCUGCUUCAACUUCGAAGGCCACACUUGCGACGAGCUUUACGGCUCCUGCAACGCUUUCAGGGUGUUCCACUUGUCAACAACUAACAGUUCCCCACCGUGCUGUUUCACAAGCUACAACACCGUGAAGUUCAUGAGCAUGAAUAUAUUGGAUUGCACGCACUAUACGAGCGUGUUUGACACGGGAAAGUUGAGGGGUGUGGGACCUUUGGAUUGGGUUUAUGGGAUUAAGCUUUCUUUUAGUGUGCCUGAUGUGGGGUGUGGAACUUGUGAGAAAUCUGGUGGGACUUGUGGCUUUGAUGCUGAUACACAAGGUUUCUUGUGUCUCUGCUCAAGUACUACAAAUUCGACAAGAGAUUGUGCUGGUGGAAGCGUAAUAUCAAAGGCACAGAAGAUUGUUCCAUGGACACACUACUCCCAACUGGUUUCAUUUCUUGUAGUUGUACCUGGUCUAAUUUACAAGGUUUAAGGUUCCCUUAAUACUUCAAAUUUAGUAGAUUUUCACUUGGUUUGUUUAUACUUAAUAGGCAGAGAGCCCCUGUGUAGUUGCAAGUUGUUUCCCUGGGGGGAAAGCAUAGUGGUUUUGCUACCAAAAUUGAAGGGAACCAUUCUUUGAUGCAAUUUGCUGUUCAAAUUAUGGGCAUUUAGUCAUUUACUCCA